GGACUUUGACCACCUAUAAAGCUUAGCAAUGGAAAAUAAGGAAGCCUUCAAGGAGGAAGCAUUCUUGGAGACCACUGAAGAAGGAGAGGCUCUUGACCAAACCAUGUUCCCUGCGAUGGAGACCUUUGAAAUCCAUGAUUCAAAGCCCAAGAAGAGAAAUGGGGUGAACUGCUUCAUGGCUAUAGUGAUCACCUACCUGAUUCUGCUCACAGCAGGCGCUGCACUGCUGGUGGUCCAAGUUCUGAAUCUGCAGGAGCGGCUCUGGGCCCUGGAGAUGUACUUUCCCAAUAGCACGCUGGCUGCUGAGGACAGACCAACCUUCUCCUUGCUGCAGUUGGUAUACCCCAAAACACACCUGGCUCAGAGUGCAUCAGAACUGCAAGUCCUGCAGGCCCAGAUGGCCCAGGUUCGUGGCAGCCAGGAGCAGCUUCUUCAGAGGGUAGACAACUUCACUCGGAACCCAGAGCUGUUCGGGAUUAAAGGUGAACAAGGAGCCCCAGGUCAAAAGGGAGCCCCAGGUGUGCCCGGCUUGCCCGGCCCGCCAGGGCCACAAGCCGAAAAGGGAGCCAAGGGGGCCCCAGGACAUGAUGGAACCCCAGGUCUCCCGGGACCCCAAGGCCCAGCAGGCAUCAAGGGAGAGGCAGGCCUCCAAGGACCCAAGGGCGCACCUGGAGAGCAAGGAGCCACUGGCUCCCCGGGACCCCGAGGAGAAAAGGGCAGCAAAGGCAACGAGGGUCUCCUGGGCCCCAAGGGGGACACCGGUGCUAAGGGCGACAAAGGCGACCUGGGCCUACCAGGAAGCAAAGGGGACAUGGGCAUGAAGGGAGAUGCAGGGGUCAUGGGACCCCCUGGAGCCCAGGGAAGUAAAGGUGACUCUGGGAAGCCAGGCCCACCAGGUUCAGCUGGAGUUCCUGGAGCCAAAGGUGAUCAAGGACAACCCGGAGUGCCAGGUGUUCCAGGCCAUCCUGGUGCAGCAGGACCAUAUGGUGCCAAGGGUGAGCCUGGCAGGACUGGCUUGCCUGGAAUAACAGGACCACCAGGAAGUCCUGGGAGACCAGGGAACGAGGGUGCGAAAGGAAGCAAGGGAGACACAGGAAUUCAAGGACAGAAAGGGACAAAAGGAGAAUCAGGAUUGCCAGGCCCUGCUGGCAUAAAAGGAGAAAUGGGAAGAACUGGGUCACCAGGCCCUAUGGGAGCACCUGGACCAGCUGGCCUGAAGGGGAACCCAGGACAGAAAGGGUCUUCUGGGCAGCAAGGAGAAAAGGGAGAAAAAGGUCAAAAAGGCACGUCCUUCACGUAUGCCAGAAUCAUCGGCAGCAGUAAUCGUGGUCGGGCUGAAGUUUACUAUAAGGAUGUCUGGGGGACAAUUUGUGAUGACUCUUGGGAAGACUCUGAUGCCACUGUCUUCUGCCGCAUGCUGGGUUACUCCAGGGGAAAGGCCAUCGGCAGUUACGGGGGUGGAACUGGGACAAUCUGGCUGGAUGAUGUCGCCUGCACAGGCCAAGAAACGACCCUGUGGAACUGCAGGAAGAGCGACUGGGGCUCUCACAACUGCCAGCACAGCGAGGACGCAGGCGUGGAGUGCAGCUGAUUGAAGCCCUGAGCUCCCGGCUCUGUCCCCAAAGUGUCUUUGGGCUCACACACAUGUGGACAGGAGCAAGCUCUCCAAUGGUUCCCUGGGAUUGGUUGGGGAGGGAUCAUGAAUAAAGCCCCAGGCGUGACCUGGCAAUGCCAUGGGCGGUGGAUGUACACCAGAGGUAGCAACGCCCACCCCUUACUGAUAUGCCCGCUCGACACACGCACCGUUUCUUUGAAUUCUCACAGGCCCACGCACCCAGGGACGGCUUCACCUGAUACACCAGGGGCAGGGUAGGAGCGGAUGGUGCCUUUCGAAAGGUCACCUGCUGUCCACCUUGGUCCUGACCAUCCCUUCAACUAUGGGCAUCUCUGAGGGCUCCCUCCCCUCACACUGGGGCCUCUCACCCUGUCUUUGUCUAUGCAGCAAAUGAGAGGCUGGCUGGCAGUUGGCACCAGGUGGCACGAUAAAUAUGAACUGUACUUUUCAGCCAGAAGAUUAGUUCUCAUUAGGAUGGGAGCUCCAUAUAUGCAGGGACUUCUGUCUGUUUAAUCAACCCCAGCAGGGACUCUGAAAAUAUUUAUUGAAUAAAUGAUUAAAUUAAACCACGUAGGUAAGGAACUCAUCCCGAGGGCCUGGCACCCUGCCCCUGCAGCAGUCACCCCCAGGAUGUGUACGGCAUCUCAGGGUCGCUGUCUUUUUCGCUGGGUGUUGUCAAUGGUCUAUCUGAAUGUGGAACCUGGGACAGUGAACUGCAUGCGUCACAUGACCCCACAGUCACCAUUACCUCUUUUUUUUCAGUUGUCGAUGGACACAAUACCUUCAUUUUAUUUAUUUUUUGUGUGGUGCUGAGAAUGGAACCAGUGUCCCACACGUGUAGGCAAGUGCUCCACCACUGAGCCACAAUCCAACCCAUCAUCAUCUCCUAACCAGUGAGGAGGUUCAGCCUCGGAACAUCAAGAACUUUGCCCAAAGUCAAUUGCAAAUGGCAGAGCCAAGUUAGAAGACAGGAAAGGAUGAGAGAUGAAGUGACCUAAGUUUAUGGCAACCGCUUAGCACUCCAGGCAGAGGGUGGAAAAGUCUACCCUGCAGGAACAAGCUGGGCUCCUCCCUGUGAGACUUCAUCCAGCCCCCAGGACCCAAUGGCAUUUCCAGAGUUCAGCAACAUUGCUAAAGUGGCAGGGGACAGGGAACACUUUGGCCCUUGAUUGGGUAGGGCUGCCUUAACCAGCAGAAACCUCAAUAAUGGAGCACUUUGGGGGGACACAUGGAAUGGGGGAUUGAUAAGUCAGAGAGGAAGACAAACAUUUUAAGCCAUUUUGAGGGUCCCUGAAUUUGUUGCAUAUUUUGCAAAUGUGUAACUAAUUGGGUUUAUUAGCACCCACCACCCCUUAAAACCUGUUCUAGAAACUUUUUGUCCAAGGGAAGGAAAAGGCAGGCACUGCCUGAUCUAACAGCAUCCACACCAGCCAAACCUCCAAACUGACUUCCCGAGCCCCUUCAGAAAGAGAGCCAGAGAAAGAGUUGAAAGUGGAAACAGCCUCCCAAGGUUUUGCAUUUAGCUCAUCAAAAGCUGUGCCUGGAGACUUGAUCCUGGCUGUUUAAGUAAAGGAGGUCUGAGCUGAGCAAGCAAGAAGGGCCUGGGAAGUGGGGGGAACUCCUCACCCCCAACAGUGGAUGAUGGGAAGUGGGAGUGAAGAGGCAGAAUAGAAGGAGGGUCUCUCCUGCGGGCUCAGGCCCAGCUCCCCAACCCUCAUUUCCUAUCCCAGGAUCUGCCUCCUCCAAGAAUGAUGGACAGGGGUGAGGGAUUGGUUCCUGCCUGGGAAAACCCCUCCCUCCAUUCCUAGGAAUACUAACUUGACCUUUGACCCUGACAAGGAACCAACCUCCUGAUUCUGCCAUUUGUGCACCCUGGGGGGCUCAUUCAUGCCACCCCACUCCAGCCCUCACCACACUGAGCACCAAGCUCCCUAAUUCUGCCUCUCUAAUAUUUCUCCCCUUUACCUAAUUCUUUCUCUCUUUGCUGCCAAGAUGGCCUAGGACACAGCAUCAUGGCCUGGGUGCUCUGAACAUCUAACUAGUCUCCCUCCUCCACGCUCCACCAACUGUUGAGUCUUCAUACAGAUGCAUGAGAGAUCUUUAAAUUAUUAAGGCGCCCUGUCUAAAACCUUCCAUGGCUCCCCAUUCCCUUAGGUGUGGGCCAGACUUAGCACCAUGGCUCACGAGGAGGUACUCCUGACCAUCUAGCUCACCCAGGGCUCCAGUAGGCAGAAACGUUUCCUUUCCUGUUACAUCCAACACCUUUGUUCACUCGCUUUUCUUAUGCA